GGCGGAGCUGCCGGGGCGGAGCCGCCCGGUGCCUGGCGCAGCCAUGGCGGGCGGCGGCGGGCGGCGGUGGGGGCCGGUGCCGCUGGCGGAGCCGCGGCGGGCGAUGCGGGCGGGGCUGGCGCUGCUCGUGCUGGGCCACGGGAGCCUCGUGCUCGGCGCCAUCGUGCACGGGUCGGUGCUGCGGCACGUGGCGGGCGCGCGCCGCUCCGGCUCCCCCGAGUACGCGGCCGCCAACGUCGUGUCCGUGGGUGCGGGGCUGCUGAGCAUCGCCGUUGGCAUCGUGUCCAUCCUGGUGUCGCACAACCGGUCGCGGGCGGCCCUGCACUGGACCCUGCUGAGCGUGUCCCUGUUGAACUGCCUCGUGUCCACAGCCUGCAGUGUGGGCCUGGCACUGGCCAUCGCCCUCACCGUCCGCAGCCGGGGCAUGCACCUCGUCGUGGGCUGCAAUAGCUCCGCACUGCCCAUGGAUGCUCGCAUGGCCAUCGCCACCAACGACUGCCCUUUCAACACCACACGUAUCUAUGACACAGCGCUGGCGCUCUGGUUCCCCUCCAUGGUGCUGGCAGCUGCGGAAGCGGUGCUGUCUGGGAGGUGCUUUCUGGUGGCUUUGAUCUACCGGGGCAUUGGGCCCUGUGCACGCAGCUACAGCACAGAGCAGCUGGCCGGGCCGAGUACAGUGAAGGAAUGGGCACCUCGUGAGAAUGAGCAGCAGCUCCUGGCAGGGCCGUCUGGGAUGUGUGCUUAGCGGGAGAGGUGUGCAGUAGGAGCGCUGUGAUCCAGCAAGAUGAUGCUGUGCCUGUGCCGUGAUCCGGCCCCGGGUGUGGAUGAGGGCAGGAUGGGCUGCAGCAGGGAGGGCUGUGCCUUCCCCCAGCCUCACCACCCCUCUUGGGAUUAAGCCUCCAGGUUCCAGUGCUGCUCAGGGGCACCAGGCAGCCCCCACCCUGCAGGUUCUGUGGGCCCGGCCACGCUCCCCGUUGCUCCCUGAGCUGCGAGGUACUGGCUGGUGCAGUGACGGCUCCAUUGAGCCUUUUUCCACAGCAGUGGAGCAGGCAGAGGUGCUGGCCUGGGGCUGGGUGGCCCGGCUGCAGAGCUCGCCGUGCCCACACUUGGGCAAGGCAGGGAGAGGAAGGGUAAGAACCCCUGGGUUGUGAGCCUGCAGUUUCCCUGAGUAAAUAAACUUUUCAUUUGCACAGUUGGCUGCUGUAAGCC